AUGUACAAUUUGAAACGAAGACGCGAAUCCGUGGCGUCAGUGUAUAGAAAGACAACCAAAUUUUUAUCUAGUAAUACAGCCAUUUUUUUGAAAAAAUCAAACGCCAGAAAAUAUAGCUUUUUAGAUAGAAUAGUGAGGGAAUAUCAAAAUAAUACUGAUAAAGUGAACAAAGAUGAAGAAGAUAUCGAGGAAGAUUCAGAUUUAGGUGAAAGAGACCUAGAUUACUAUCUAGGUGUAUGUAAUAAUAAAGAAACCGAAACCUUCUGGAGGGAUUUGGACGGAAGGGAACAAAUCAGAAAAGAUUAUCUUUUAUAUCAUUGUGGGGUCUCGGAAGAAGACUACGAGCAAAACUAUAAGAGAUGUGUAGUUUUGAAGUCGAUUGAUCGAAUUCAACCACGGCUUAAACAAGUACCUUUCAAAAUUCAUAGGAAACACAGAAAAGUCAAUAGCUUUAAGGAAGGUGUGAGCGAAUCGUGGGUUGAAAAGAAGGGAAUAUUUAAGCUUUUUGGGAACAGACGUGACAGUGACACCUCGGACAGUUAUAGCGAAUGUGAUUCCGACGAUGACACAAAAGACGAGAAAAACGAUAUCAUUUGGGAUAUGACAGAGAAAUUUGGGGGAAUAAGCACUAUCGAUGCUUUGAAUAAAUUAUUGGGCGUUCGGAUAAAGGAGGUGUCGGAAGGCAGGCCGUGUGACAACUGUCCGGAGCUUUGUCCCGGUUUCAUAUCACACCCUUGGAGAGUCGGUUACAAUAAUAGCCUUGAUCGAGAGGUCGCAAGCGCAUUACUUAGUUUAUUCGUCAUUGUCAAUCGUGUGUCGGCGUCGGGCAGUCGUGGAAAAGAAGAAGUCAACACAGAUCGCAAAAUCCAAAAGUUUCCUUCGAGAGAGAGAAAUCACGCGGUACGCCGUAAAAAUAGCAACAACAACUUCCGACCGCACGUCAAUUGUCAAACAUGUGCGAAAGCUAUGGAGGAGAGG